AGUAACAAAUUCGUUUUAUAAUUCUGCAGUUAACUUGGAAUAGGCCCAAACUAAACACAGAUACAGCUAUAGCUACACUACCCAUCUUUGGUUUAGUUGCUUAUACCUUUUGAACAAACCAUAUGAAGCUUCAAUCAAUUGAGGAUGGGCUUGUAUUUCGUCUAUCUGAGCACACACCUGAUGUUAUAAGACAGAUAUUGGUGGAGCGUGGCUGGACGGAAUAUGAAGAAGAAGCAGAGGAGAAUGAAGGAGAGUGGAACUUAUGGUGGAGGACACAAAGAUUCCGUAAAUCUGAACAUUCUGAUGUAGCUCAUUGGCAGAGACUCAAUCAUUUCCCACGUACUGAUGCAAUUACAAGAAAAGAUUGUCUUGUUAGAAAUUUAAGAAGAAUGAGGUGUGUUCAUGGUGCUUCAGUUUAUGACUUCCAUCCACUUUCAUACAUAUUACCAAAUGAAUAUACUAAAUUUGUGUCAGAUUAUGCAAAAGAAACACAGAAAAGUGGGAAGGAUGUUUAUUGGAUAUGCAAACCAACUGAUUUGUCAAGGGGACGUGGAAUUUUUGUGUUCAAAGAUUUGAAAGAUCUCAAUUAUGACUGCCCUGUGAUAGUUCAGAAAUAUAUCAGCUCACCAUUGCUUAUUUCUGGAUAUAAGUUUGAUUUGAGAAUAUAUGUCUGUGUUCCAAGUUUUCAUCCUCUCACAAUUUAUAUUUAUCAGGAAGGAAUUGUUAGAUUUGGAACAGAUAAAUUUGAUCUUGGACAGCUAGGAAAUGUUUUUUCACAUUUGACAAAUACAUCAAUAAAUAAAUAUGGUCCCGCAUACUCAGCAGAUAAAGAACGAGUGGGUCCUGGAUGCAAAUGGACUCUAACCCAGUUGCGACACUUUUUUCGACAAAUGGAUAAUGUGGACGAAACUUUGUUGUGGCAGAGAAUAACAAAUAUAGUUGUUUUAACAUUGGCAACACAAGCUCCUACAGUUCCGAAAUCACAAAGCUGCUUUGAAUUAUUUGGUUUCGAUAUUCUUAUUGAUCAAAAUUUCAAGCCAUGGUUGUUGGAGGUGAAUUUCAGUCCAGCGUUGAGUAUGGAUUGCCAGGCAGAUUUCAUAGCGAAACAUUCAAUGCUCAAUGAUCUAAUUGAUCUCCUUAACUUCAAAGCAGGUGACGCUGAAAGAGGUGGAAAAUCUUAUCGGGAAUGUAGGAGUCCAUCACCCACGUACAGCACGCCACGAAGAUAUGAAAGAAUAGCCAACGCAAAUCCCACAUGCGAAAUGAUAGUUCAUCCAAUUCUACAUCUUCCAAUUUACACAUAUUCUAAACCAAGAGUAUCGAAGCAAAGUCCACUUUUGUUGGGAAGAUAUAAAUCAUCACCAAGGGACGCAAACACUGGAUCUCAACAACAUGUCACACCUCGUUCAACUUUGUCAAAAAACAAUCAAAGACUACCAAGCAUUGUCAAAACACUAGUGGAUGAAGAAGGUGAAUCUUGCGAUAGUGGGAUAUCAUCUAUGACCUCCAUUCCAAGAAAUUUGAGCAACAGUAGUAUGGCAUCUAGUCAGUCAUCUGUGGAUAAUCAAAACCAUGCAGGAAAUGAUGAUGAACAUUAUCUCGCUGAAGAAGAAAGCGUUUGUCUGACUGGCAGAACUGAUUUGUUGGAAGAUAAUGAAGAUAGUGAUUUUACAACGGAUGGCAGUUGGUUGUUGGGAUCCGACAAACACACCAUGGCAACGAAACUACUAAAAUCUUCUGUAAUUGAUCGGCCUUCCAGCAGGAGUUCUGAAAAGGAGCGAACUGCCUCGAGAAAACCAUUCAGGCUACAAUCAAGGCCCAACUAUUCCAAGACACUGCCUCGAAUCCAAACUAGUGCCACGACACCUCGUUUCAAUCGUUCGUCUAAGUCUACACUCACACCGAUGGAUUAUAACAGAGGUAUAGAUAGUCAACUCAAAGACUCAAGACUCCAUCCUAUAGCCGAAGCAACUAACACUCCACAAUCUACUCUUGCUAUGAGUAUGCAAUCCAUCGAUGAAAGUGAGGAUCCUGGUUUAAACCGACAUACUAGGUCUUUGAGAAAAAAGAAAAUUAUAAAUUCAGCUCCGAUCAGUCGUACACCAGUGAGGGAUGAUGCACAUCAAUCAAGUUUCAAUUCUACGGAUAAUAAACAAAUAAGAAUUCAAAGAUUUUCAAGAAAAAAAGCAUUAAGCUCUUACAAGUCGCCAUACAGUAUUGAAAGUACAAAAGCAACAAAGAUGAGUCCCUCUAAUCCAUGGCCAAGAACACGAGUUGGAGAUUUUGUUUUGGCAUUUCCUUGGAAUGAAGCAAUGAGAAAAGCAUCAGGAGCUAAUUUUGAUAUGAAGACUAUAAUUCGAGAGUUACAAAAAAUAUUGAAGAAAUUGCUCAUUGCUUCUAAAGAAGAAACAAACGGAACAAGAAAGAGAAGAACUUCGGCUGCAAUAACAAAAUCAGAAGCAAUUGAAUUAAGUUUUAUGCUCAAAUUUGAAGAUAAAGAUUCAAAUCCUUUGUAUUUCUGGGGUCCUCAACAUCCUCCACUCCUUUCAAGUGUAUUGUCAUAGUGUUUUAAGAAUAUGAAAACUCUCCAUGCACUUACAUCCUUAAAAGAGCCUGUGUUUACCUAUUACUGAAGUCUCACUGUUUAUUGGAUAAAGUUUGCAAUUUAUUUUUAUAUAUAUAAUAUAGUGUUUCCGAAUAUUUUCAAGUAAUUUUUUACAAAAAGUAUUUAAUAAAGAUUUGCCUAUCACUGCUAAAAA